AUGCCUCGAGAGCCGCCUCCAUGGAGAGGUGCGCGCACUAUCAUCGAAGGGAAGAAGGCCGCUCUCGUGAGUGAAGAAGGUAUAGUCAUCGCAAAGACGGUCGGAAAUCUUCACGGUGGAGGUUACUUUGAUGAGGACCGACAUCCCAAAGGCGAAUGGAUCACAACCAGCGUCCUGAACCGCGGAACUCUCAUUUGGGACAGAGACCGUUUUCAUCCUCUCGAUCCUCUAACUCGAUCGAUGUAUGCGUACCAGUCUGAAGAAUCUUGCGAUGUUUCGAUUCCAGUACGACUAUUGGUCGGUUAUUCUGCGUACACGCUGGAUCCCGUUCUUGCGAGCGCGCCUAUCAGGGAUCUUAACGUAUACCCGGAUACCAAUGAUCUGUGUGGUUUGGAACUCGAAGUUCGUUCUGAAGGGACUCUUUGCCAAUCUGAGGUCAUUCUCCAUCAUGCUCUCACCGUACCCGGGAAUCUUCGCGCGGUGAAGCACCUUUUGAUUGAGGAGGACUGGGAGAAAGCGUUUGCCGAUGGAGACAUCACUGUCGAGCACGCGAAGGGUCUGGCUUUUGAGUCAGCUCGGUCCCUUCACGAUGGACAAACUCCGAUCGUCGUGGCUCGUAUUCAGCCACCAACAACCAUGCAAGUUCCUCAUCGAAUCUCACCCAAUCUCCAACAAUGCGUCGAUUCUGGCCGGCUCCAUGGGCCCAAAAAUCGCCGCUAUCACGAGAUACUUCCUUCCAUUUCGCAGCAUCACUACAUCAACUGUAAGCCUGCGACAUUUCUCUACCGCGCCCCUUACGUUUCCAAUAUGAGAUACCCCGCUAGGCUUUACUCGGAUCUGGCUGCUUUCGCCAAAGCUCAUACUAGAGACAAAUUCAACGCCACCGCCAUGCUCUUCGCUACUGAGCUCUGGGUCACUAUUUCUGAGAGCCCCACCAGACGUAGAGAGCCAUAUGCUAAAGAGCCAGUUCCUGAAGUUUCUCUGGCAGUCUUCCUGGUUUAUUUUGAACACUGGUUGAAGAUUCAUGAACAUCUUCAGUGUAUUGCUUUUGCUCACCCUUUCCGGAUCAUACAGCUCAUGUACACCAACGAUAUGCUGACAGAGGGUGGUAUUGCAUUUCUCGUUGAUGAGUCCGCUAUUGAUUCUGACCGAGUGCGCAAUCUUAUAUACGAGGCUGAGGUGAUUGAUCCUAACGUUAUUGUUGACGAACGUGUGGAUAUUUUCCCAUUCAUGGUCAAUGGUACCAAGAUGGUCCUCCCCCAAGACUACUCCGGCACGUUUCGUCUAUCUCCGACUGAACAGGCGUUGCUUGGGAUGCCCGAUCUACGAAUUCUGAGUCACCCAUCACUACCGACCACGGACGGCGUCGAGAUCGAAAUCGCCAUUCCCGAAGCUAUUGUCCAGAUCACCUUUUGCAACCCCAACACGAGCGACUUCCCCUACACGAACUACUUCUUCGAUACAACCAAGGAUGGUCCGACAUCUCUGUUCGGAAGCAGCCUGAAGUCCGGCACUAUUUGGACACACGAGUUUCAGAUGUAUACACGCCCGUCAGAUCUCCCGACUGAAGCAUACUUCAAAGAGAAUAUGUCUGACGCCUGGUCUCAACUUCUCAAUCGGCGCAUGGCCUGA